CAACAGCCUGCUCAGUUUACCAAUCCAGAAACUCCUGGCUAUGUUGGAUUUGCAAACCUUCCGAAUCAAGUUCACCGAAAGUCUGUGAAAAAGGGGUUUGAAUUUACUCUUAUGGUGGUUGGUGAAUCGGGAUUGGGAAAAUCUACAUUAAUAAACAGCCUCUUCUUGACAGAUCUAUACCCAGAAAGAAUAAUCCCAGGAGCUGCUGAGAAGAUUGAACGCACUGUGCAGAUUGAAGCCUCAACAGUUGAAAUUGAAGAGAGGGGUGUGAAACUACGUCUGACAGUUGUAGAUACACCAGGGUAUGGGGAUGCUAUCAAUUGCCGAGACUGUUUUAAGACCAUAAUCUCUUACAUUGAUGAGCAGUUUGAGCGAUAUCUGCAUGAUGAGAGUGGUUUGAACAGAAGGCAUAUCGUAGAUAACCGGGUUCAUUGCUGCUUCUAUUUCAUUUCGCCAUUUGGUCAUGGCCUUAAGCCUCUGGAUGUUGAGUUUAUGAAGGCCAUACACAACAAAGUUAAUAUUGUACCAGUGAUUGCAAAAGCUGAUACACUUUGUCUGAAAGAGCGAGAAAGACUCAAGAAAAGGAUUCUGGAUGAAAUAGAAGAGCAUGGCAUCAAGAUUUAUCACCUGCCUGAUGCUGAAUCAGAUGAAGAUGAAGAUUUUAAAGAGCAGACCAGACUUCUGAAGGCCAGCAUUCCAUUUUGUGUAGUGGGAUCCAAUCAACUCAUUGAAGCCAAAGGUAAAAAAGUUAGAGGACGACUCUACCCAUGGGGUGUGGUUGAAGUGGAGAAUCCAGAACAUAAUGACUUCCUGAAGCUGCGGACCAUGUUAAUCACCCAUAUGCAAGACCUUCAGGAGGUGACCCAGGAUCUUCACUAUGAGAACUUCCGCUCUGAGAGGCUCAAACGAGGUGGCAGGAAAAUAGAAGAUGAGGAAGUAAAUAAAGACCAGAUUCUGCUUGAAAAAGAAGCUGAACUUCGUCGCAUGCAGGAGAUGAUUGCAAGAAUGCAGGCACAGAUGCAGAUGCAGAUGCAAAGUGGAGAAGGAGAUAGCAGUGCAGUUCAUGGACACCACAUAUAA